UUUUGGUUCCAACCUUUGAUUUUGAUUCUGUUCAACAUAAACCUCUAGAAUCUUUGGGUUCCGCCAUUCCAGCCUCUCAUUGUCUUUCCUUCUUACUUUCUCUGCACAUACAUACAAAUCAUAACAAUGGAUGCUCUGUGUUUACACAGUAGCAUUUGUGGGAUAGCUCCGUCUCCGUCCAUUCUCAUUACUGCAACUGCACGCGCCAAUGAUUACGCGUCACUCUCUCAGGUGAAAGCGGUGGGGAGCUCCUCCUUGUUUUCCAUAUUCUCUUUUAGAUACCCUUUGAAGUCCUUUUGGCCACGACCAACGGGGAAUGCCACCGGCUACAACGACGCCGUUUUGGCAGAGAAUGCAACGGCCGAGACAGAACAACCAGAAGGCGAAGGAGAGGGACAAAAUGGGAACUGGGUUUUUAAGAUUUUUCAUAUAAGGUCUGUUUGGAGAGGGGAACAGAGGAGCGAUGAUAACGAUGAAGAGGAAGCUGUAACCAAUGGUCAAACGGAUGAAGAGGAAGAAGAGUGUGAUGAUUGUAGGGUUGAUUAUGAUGAUGACGAAGAAGAAGAAGAAAAUGAAGAGGUUUCGUUCGAUAGAGACUCGUUUUCAAGAAUGCUUCGGAGGGUGUCAUUGUCCGAAGCUAGAUUCUAUGCGCGCAUAUCCCACUUGGGCAAUUUGGCAUACUGUAUUCCCAAAAUCAAACCAGGGAAACUCUUCAAACACUAUGGUCUGCGUUUUGUAACUUCAUCCAUAGAGAAAAAGGAAUUAGCUAUGGCAGCUGAAAAAAAUCAGAUAUCUCAAAAAGAAGAAACUAAUGAGAAGGAUGUGGAUGAAACAAAAGAGGAAAAGAAUAAUGGUGGAUACAUGAUAAGUGCAUCUGCUGUAUACGAGAUUGCUGCUUCUGCUGCCUCUUAUCUUCAUGCUCAGACAAGGAGCAUACUUUCAUUAACAUCUUCUGAUGCUGCGGAAGGUGAAGGCUCAAUUGAAGCAAUCAAUGAAAGCUUUAACGGCGAUAAGAUGAGAAACACGGAGGAGGCAAAUUUGAAGGCAACUACGGAUUCGGUAACAGCAGUUGUUGCUGCAAAUGAGCAAGUAAAGCAGGCUUUUGCAGAUGAUUUGAACUCAACAAGCUCUUCACCUUGUGAAUGGUUCGUAUGUGAUGAUGACCAGACCUCUACAAGAUAUUUUGUGAUCCAGGGCUCCGAGUCGUUUGCAUCGUGGCAAGCAAAUCUACUAUUUGAGCCAGUUCAAUUUGAGGGGUUAGACGUCCAUGUACAUAGAGGUAUAUACGAGGCUGCAAAAGGGACAUAUCAACAGAUGUUGCCAGAAAUUCGUGCUCACCUAAAAUCUCAUGGUUCACGUGCAACUUUCCGUUUCACUGGUCAUUCUCUUGGGGGGAGCUUGGCAUUACUUGUAAAUCUUAUGCUACCGAUAAGGAAGGAAGCGCUAUUCUCCUCUCUGCUUCCUGUCAUAACCUUUGGGGCACCAUCCAUCAUGUGUGGAGGUGACACUCUACUUGACAUGCUUGGAUUGCCACGGAGCCAUGUUCAGGCAAUCACAUUGCACAGAGAUAUAGUACCACGAGCAUUUUCUUGCCAGUACCCUAACCAUCUUGUAGAAUUACUAAAGGCUGUUAAUGGUAACUUCCGCAAUCAUCCUUGCCUUAAUAACCAGAAGCUAUUAUAUGCACCGAUGGGAGAACUGCUGAUCCUCCAGCCAGAUGAGAAUUUUUCACCAAGUCAUCAUCUCCUGCCCUCAGGCAGUGGACUAUAUAUUUUGAGUGGUUCUUUAUCAGAAUCUAGUGACACAUUAAAACAAAUUUACAAAGCUCAAAUGGUUUUCUUGAACACACCACACCCACUUGAGAUAUUAAGUGAUCGAUCUGCCUAUGGAUUUGGAGGAACCAUUCAGAGAGAUCAUGACAUGAAUUCCUACUUAAAAUGUGUGAGAACCGUGAUUCGCCAAGAACUUAACCAGAUUCGCAAGGCAAGGAGAGAGCAAAGGCAAAAGGUGUGGUGGCCUCUCGUACUGCCACGUGGAAGUGACACUAACAUAGUUGGGGGGUCCAUGAUUCAAGACCAGCCUUCCUUCUCUGGCAUCAUUCAGAUAGGUAGAGAGUCAUUGAAAAGGUUUAGUAGGCUUGUUAGAUCCCAACACAUGCAAUUGUUCGUAGCGCUCCUGUUUCCUGCACGGUUGUUGCUCGUGGGAGCAUGUAACUUAAUUAGCUUAAGAUGAAAAUAUCACCAUUUUUUAUUUUUUUUGUUGAGGGGCAGUUGUAUAGGGUGAGGGCACAUUGUUGGUGGAACAUUUAGACCAUUCUUUAUUC